GCACGGUGCCGGGAGUCCUGUCACUGCACUAAGAAUGUCGGUUCAGUUCUUCCGGUAUCCCGUUUGAGACGACCGGUGACGGCAACGAAUGCCGAGUUCGGCUUGCGUCAUUCCAUAAAUGGCUCACCGGUACUUGAGCAAUGCCUAAGUACUCUCUAAUACCAUCCCCGUGUCUCGGUAUUAUUCUAGGAUAGCCGUAGACGCAGUGCCUUGGUGAGAGGGAGCUGUUCCUAUUCUUUCAUCGUAAGAUCCGAUGUUAAGUACGAAUACACUCUUCUUAUCCGUCCAAAGGAGCCGAUCUGGAUUUGGACCAUGGCGAGAUCUACCAUCAUAUUUCUCUAUCAUGAACUCGGCCUCGCCUCGCUGAAGCAAACGGGGAGAGAUGCCUGGCUCAUCAUCCUUGCACGGUGCUGCCGAAUGUUCGCAUAUGGCACCAAUGCCUUAAUUCUCGCGCUUUUCCUGUCGUCCCUGAACUUCUCCGAUUCCCGUAUCGGUCUCUUCAUGACUUUGACCCUCCUAGGCGAUGUAGUGCUGGCAACCCUGCUGACGCUCGUGGCCGAUGGCCUGGGUCGACGGCGCACCAUGCUCGCCGGCUCCGUCAUGAUGAUCCUAUCCGGCAUCGUCUUCGCCUUGAGCGAGAACUUCUGGUUGCUGCUUCUCGCCGCCGUUUUUGGCGUGAUCAGUGUGGCCGGGGGGGAUUUUGGGCCCUUUCGAUCGAUCGAAGAGUCGAUUUUAUCCCAGCUGACUUCAUCCAAAACCCGACCGGAGGUUCUUUCGUGGUACGUGACGAUGGCCAGCUUCGGCUCCUCCAUCGGGACCGAAGCAGCUGGACGGAUUGUGGAUGCUCUUCAAAAACAAAAGGACUGGACCAUCGUCGACUCCUACCACGGUAUCUUCUGGGUCUACUCGGCAAUGGGGGCAGUCAACUUGGUUCUGGUCGCUCUCUUAAGUUCGAACUGCGAGCUUAUCGCUAUAGCCACCCCUACGGAAGAGUCAGAGGUCCUGCUGGAAAGCGGCGAGCAAGACGCUAGGGAGGAACCUACGCCGAAGACUAGGACUCGGUCGGGUUGGUUGAAUCUGGCAGCCAUAAGCAGUAUUUCAAGCCGGACGUUAUCCAUCAUACUCAAACUUUGGUUCUUGUUGGCCAUAGACGCACUCGCCGACGGGAUGACUCCAAUAUCGUUAACAACGUAUUUUAUGGAUGCCAAGUUCGACGUGUCUAAGGCCACGUUGGGGGAUAUCACGUCCAUUGGCUAUUUCUUAGCCGUUGCCUCAACCAUCUUCGCUGGGCCUUUAUCUCGUCGUAUCGGCCUGAUCAACACCAUGGUCUUCACUCACCUUCCGUCCUCAGUCGCGGUUCUCCUCUUUCCCGUUCCAACGAACCUCACCAUGACCGUCAUCCUUCUGUUCGUCCGAAUGGGACUGAACAACAUGGACCAGGCGCCACGAUCGGCAUUCAUCGCGGCGGUUGUGGCGCCGGAGGAACGAACCGCGGUUAUCGGACUGACAUCAACCAUUCGGACGCUUGCAUCUGCGGUCGGCCCAACCCUCACGGGCAUUCUAGCUGGACAUUCCCGUUUCUGGAUUGCUUUUGUCGUCGCUGGAGCUCUUCGUGUCGCCUACGACCUUGGACUCUUUGUGAUGUUUGUUAAUCUGAAACCAGAAAGGCCCAACACCACAGAGUUGGCGAAUACCGAGAGAUUCAGCGAGGAUCCGUCUUCGGUGUCAGACGAUGAGUCUGGAGACUCCUUUGCAGCCAACCGAUCGAAUGGGUCCACCGAGGAGUCUCGAGCCACAACGGCGGUAAAGUGAACUGAUGGAACCUGCCGGCCAUGUGGCUUACCUGGUGCGGGUUCAGAAACGUCGUAGCCAGGCGUCACUGACCAACGGAGUUUACACCACUUUUCAGGCACAUUUUAAUAUUCCCGUUCAACUCAUCCGAAGACGAGAUUAUGAAGGGACGUCCGGUCUUGAUGAAUGCUCCGA